AGUUAUCCACAAAAACUUGAUGGCAUGAAAAAAAAGUUCACCACUUGAGAGUGCUGGCAGAACAUUAGACCGCCAUGAAGAUCGUUUAUAUCUUCUUCUUAACGGUGAUUUUGGCUGUCCAAAGCGCUGAAGGUGGCAAUGGCAAUGGCAAUGGGAAUGGUAAUGGCAAUGGCAAUGGCAAUGGGAAUGGUGGCGAUUCCACGACCACGGCUGCCACAGUGGAAGUAGAAGAAGAUCUAGCACCAGGCUGUAAAAUGAAAAAGCGGGCGUUCAUCUGCACCACAAACACCAACGGGAACUCCAACCAUCUCGUCCUGAACUGUGGAAACCCGUCCACAAUAGUACGUUUUACCCGCUUCUGCGAUCACGAUGACAACCAAUGCUCAACACAGAGCGCAGUGAUGCCAAAUCUACUUGCGUUUGGAAUGAAUAACUGCGAUGGAGUCUCAAAGAAAUGUGACGUCGAUGCCACCAGCGCUUGUCAAGCUGAUGGCUAUCCGAAAACUCGAGUUGCAUAUGCUUGUGAUGAUUUGACCACCUCGAAUUGUGCAUCCCUUGCAGCCGACACUGGAGCUACCUCUACAACCACCACCACCACUACACCUACAACCACCACCACUACACCUACAACAACCACUACACCUACAACAACCACCACUACACCUACGACAACCACUACACCUACAACCACUACCACUACACCUACAACCACUACACCUACAACCACCACCACUACACCUACAACAACCACUGCACCUACAACAACCACCACUACACCUACAACAACCACCACUACACCGACAACCACCACUGCACCUACUACAACCACUGCACCUACAACCACCACUACGCCUACUACAACCACUGCACCUACAACCACCACCACUACAGCCACAACCACCACUACACCUACAACAACCACCACUGCACCUACAACAACCACUACGCCUACAACCACUACUGCACCUACAACUGCUGUGCCUACAACCACCACUAUGCCUACUACAACCACUGCACCUACAACUACCACCACUACAACCACAACCACCACUACACGUACAACAACCACCACUACACCUACAACCACCACUGCACCUACAACUACUGUACCUACAACAACUAAUACACCCUCAACAACCACUACGCCUACAUCAACCACUUCAACCGCCACUACGCCUGCAACCACAUCUACUAUCAGUAACGCUGGUUCUUCCAGCAAUGCAGGAGACAGUAACGCAGGUUCUUCCAGUAAUGCAGGCGGCGUUAAUGCAAGUUCCUCCAGCAAUGCAGACGGCAGUAACGCAGGUUCUUCCAGCAAUGCAGGCAGCAGUAACGUAGGUUCUUCCGGCAAUGCAGGAGCCAGUAACGCAGGUUCUUCCAGCAAUGCAGGAGACAGUAACGCAGGUUCUUCCAGCAAUGCAGGAGACAGUAACGCAGGUUCUUCCAGUAACGCAGGUUCUUCCAGCAAUACAGGAGACAGUAACGCAGGUUCUUCCAGCAAUGCAGGAGAUAGUAACGCAGGUUCUUCUAGCAAUGCAGGAGACAGUAACGCAGGUUCUUCCAGCAAUGCAGGCAGCAGUAACGUAGGUUCUUCCAACAAUGCAGAUGGCAGUAACGCAGGUUCUUCCAGCAAUGCAGGAGACAGUAACGCAGGUUCUUCCAGCAAUGCAGGAGACAGUAACGCAGGUUCUUCCAGCAAUGCAGGAGUUAGUAACGCAGGCUCUUCCAGUAAUGGAGGUGCAGUUGCUAACAGCAACGCAGGGGGCAGUAAUGCAAGUUCCUCCAAUAACGCAGGCGGCAGUAGCACAGGUAUCAUUAACAGAAACGGAGAUUCCAGCAGUAACGCAGGCGGCAGUAACGCAAGUUCCUCUAGCAACGAUGGCAGCAGUGACGCAAGUGCCACUAGCAACGAUGGCGGCAGUGACUCAAGUGCCACUAGCAACGAUGGCGGCAGUGACUCAAGUGCCACUAGCAACGAUGGCGGCAGUGACACAAGUGCCACUAGUAAUAGUGGCGGCAAUGACGCUAGUGCCACUAGCAACGAUGGCGGCAGUAACGCCGACUCGACCACAGAGCAAACGACAGAGGGCAGCACCAUGUCUCCACAGCAACUAGCAAUGCUUCAGGCACAGUUAGCCGGGGGCAGUGCCAACGGAGGUGGGUCAGAUCUUACCGAAGAGGAGGUAAUUGGUGUGAGCGUUGGGACCGGAGUAGGUGUCAUUGCAUUACUUGCUCUUCUGGCGUGUUUCCUGAUCUUCUUUUUGGCAAAGCGAAAGCGCCGCAGAGCCACGGAGGACUACGACGAAGAAGAAGAGCAAGACUCAGACGAUGAAAAUGAAAAGGCAAAAGAAAGAGACAGCUGGUGCCAGGACCGGGCAGGGAACAAGGUCGACCCUAUCAAGGACAGUUGGGUAUCAGGGAAAGCGCCCAUGUACAGGCCGGGUUCCCAAACCUCUUUCCCUCCUUCCAGGCCUGCGUCCGAAAUGUCCAACGGCUCGUUGCCACCUGCAUUCAACUUCCCGCAAUUCACCAGCAGGACCAGAUCCCCAGUGGAAAAUAUUCGUAUCACCCCUGAGCCAACUGAUGAGAUCCAUCUCGUGUAAAUAGAGGGCGCUGUAAUCGUUUGAUUGUCUUUAUGUUGUAUUCUCGUUGUGUUGUGCAGUGUUAAUCUGUGUAUUUUAUUCUGUUCAGAUGUUCCACCACUUGGACUGUUUUUACGUUUGUCAUUCUUUGUCAUUUACAAUUAUAACGUGCAUCGUUUAUGUAUUGCCUAUGCCUUUCAAACUUUAUCAAUUUGUGGUUUAAUGAUAAUCAAACUUCCCUUCGUAUCGUAUUGCUGUGUCCGAGGCCCCAUUCUCACCGGGAACGUUCAGAAUAAAGUCAUCGUACCAGGAGGAUCGAUCUAUCUCGGCGGGGACUCUCGCUUAAGUGUAGUCACUGUAAUCAACUUAAUUGUCUGGCACG